AUGUCAGCCACCUUCCCCGGACUGGUCCACGACGCAGAGAUACGUCACGACGGAUCCAACAGCUACCGGCUCAUGCAGCUGGGCUGCCUGGAGUCCGUGGCCAACUCCUCGGUGGCCUACUCGUCCUCCUCCCCGCUCACCUACCCGGCGGCCGCAGGGACCGAGUUCGCCUCGCCGUACUUUUCGGCCAACCACCAGUACACGCCUCUCCACCACCAGUCCUUCCACUACGAGUUCCAGCACUCCCACCCGGCCGUGGCCCCGGAGGCCUACGGGCUGAACUCGCUGCACUCGGGCCAGUACUACCAGCAGAUCCACCACGGGGAACCGGCGGACUUCAUCAACCUGCACAGCGCGCGCUCGGCCCUCAAGUCCUCCUGCCUGGACGAGCAGCAGCGGCGCGAGCUGGGCUGUCUGGACGCCUACCGGCGCCAUGACCUGUCGCUGAUGACGUCACACGGCUCUCAAGCCUACGGCGUCGGCAUGCACCACCCGGACCAAAGGUUGCUGCCGGCGGCCGGCCUGGGCCUGCCUCCGCCCGGGGCAGACGACCUACAGGGCUCCGUGGAGGCGCAGUGCGGCCUUGUGCUCAACGGCCAGGGGGGCGUCAUCCGGAGAGGAGGGACAUGCGUGGUGAAUCCAACCGAUCUGUUCUGUUCGGUACCGGGACGCUUGUCGCUGCUCAGCUCUACCUCCAAGUACAAAGUCACCAUUGCCGAGGUGAAAAGAAGACUGUCCCCGCCAGAGUGCCUCAAUGCUUCCCUACUGGGUGGCAUUCUCCGCAGAGCGAAGUCUAAGAACGGUGGCAGGUGCCUGCGCGAGAAACUAGACCGUCUGGGCCUGAACCUGCCGGCAGGGCGCAGGAAAGCAGCCAACGUCACGCUGCUCACAUCCCUGGUGGAAGGUGAGGCGCUCCACCUGGCGAGGGACUUUGGGUAUACCUGUGAGACAGAAUUCCCCACUAAAGCAGUGGGAGAACACUUGGCUAGGCAACACAGCGAGCCUAAAGAGACCAGCGCACGCAAAAAGAUGGUGCUGGCGACCAAGCAAAUCUGUAAGGAGUUCCAGGACUUGUUGAGUCAAGAUCGAUCUCCACUAGGUUCCUCCAGACCAACCCCCAUCCUGGACCUAGACAUCCAGAGACACCUAACACACUUUAGGUAG